GUUUCCUCAAAGCACAUCCAGUAUUGCAAUAUCUCCCACAUUCAUUAGCGGCGCGUAUUGCGCAUCUCCUCACCAUGACCCUCCUCGUCCUCACCGAGACCUCCGCAGGCUAUGCCUUGCUCAAAGCCAAAGACAAGAAACUUCUCAAACGGGACGAUCUCUCGUCCGAACUGAGCAGCGUCGAGAAUGUCACCUCUAUGCUCAAAUUGAAGGAGUUCCAAAAAUUCGAUAGCGCUGCCGCUGCACUGGAAGAAGCAGCCGCAAUUGUGGAAGGCAAAGUCACCCCGAAACUUUCAUCACUACUGAAUACCUUGAAAGACGAGAAAAAGAUUUCUCUGGCCGUUGCAGACCCAAAACUUGGAAACGCGAUCGGAAAGAUUCCAGGCUUGGAGAUCAAAGCCGUUGCCGACUCUACCACCGCCGACCUGUAUCGAGCCAUCCGAGAAUAUCUCCCGUCUCUCAUUCCUGGUCUGUUGCCCGACGAUGUCAAGACAAUGUCCUUGGGUCUAUCACACUCUCUUGCGAGACACAAGCUUAAAUUCUCUCCUGACAAAAUCGAUGUUAUGAUUGUACAAGCAAUUGGUCUACUGGAUGAUUUGGAUAAAGAGCUGAACACAUAUGCCAUGAGAGUAAAGGAAUGGUAUGGGUGGCACUUUCCGGAGAUGGCAAAGAUCCUGAACGACAACCUUGCGUAUGCCAAGGUGGUUUUGAAGAUGGGUAUGCGGACAAACUGGGAGGAUUGCGAUCUCGCCGAAAUUCUGCCAGAAGAGAUUGAAGCUGCAGUGAAGGCCGCUGCUGACAGAUCGAUGGGGACGGAAAUCACAGAUGAAGAUCUGGAGAAUAUACAGAGCUUGGCCGAGCAGGUGGUGCAAUUUACGGAAUAUCGCACACAGCUCGCCAGCUAUCUCUCGGCAAGAAUGACUGCCAUUGCCCCGAAUCUAACAACGCUUGUCGGAGAUCUUGUGGGUGCCCGACUCAUAGCACACGCCGGAAGCCUGAUGAACCUGUCCAAGAGCCCGGCGAGUACGAUACAAAUCCUCGGAGCUGAGAAGGCAUUGUUUCGCGCACUGAAGACGAAACACGACACUCCAAAAUACGGUCUCAUCUACCAUGCAUCCUUAAUCGGUCAAGCGACGGGCAGAAAUAAGGGCAAGAUGGCCAGAGUGCUUGCAGCUAAAGCUGCCCUCGGAUUGAGGGUAGAUGCGCUGCAAGAAUGGGGGCCCGACGAAGCCAACAUCCCUGAGGACGAGAAGGCUGCUCUUGGGUUAUCUGCACGAGCGAACCUUGAGCGCAAACUAGCCGCUAUGGAGGGCAAACCUCUCAAACCUCGAGGUGUCGCCAUUGCUCCCAAUGGGGUGUCUACCACGCCGCAGCCAAAGAAAUGGGAGAUCAAAGAAGCACGGAAAUACAACCCUGAUGCAGAUGGGCUGGCUGGUGAUGAGGCUCCAGCGAAAGAGAAGAAGUCGAAGAAGGAUAAGAAGAGCAAAGAGGAAAAGAAGCUGAUUGAGGAGGUAUCUGAGGACGUGGAUAUGAAAGAAGAUGGCGAGUUGGAUAGCGAAGAAGCCGAGUCACAACCUGACGAACCCAUAACUGCUGCCGAAGUUGAAGCCACAGUACCAUCUUCUGUCAACGGUGUGAAUGGCUUGUCAAAAAAGGAAGCCAAGAAGGCUGAAAAGGAGAGAAAGCAUGCGGAGAAAGCUGCUCGCAAGGCGGCGAAGAAAGACAAGAACACCGAAGCAGAAAAUGCGGCAACAGCCGGCCAGGAGGAUAAGAUCGAAACGUUAGCUGCACAGUGUGGUCUGAGCGUGGAAAGAUACAAAAGGAAGCUAGCAAGGGGUGAGAUCCAGAUCCAAGAGGACGGUACGCCGAUGGCAGUUUCGAAGAAGGAUAUCAAGAAGGCUAAGAAGGUGGCUGAGAAGGCCGCGGCGAAGGAGGCAAAUGGAGAGAUCGAGGGGUCCAAGAAGCGAAAACGAGUGGAAGAAGCCGCCGAUACCUCAAAAUCAGAGAAGAAAAAGAAGAGGAAAGAGAAGGCAUAAUGCGCUGCUGAUAAUGUACGCUGUCUUCUGUCUUUCUGCAUCUCAGGUUACUGCAUGGCGUCGGGGGUUGGAGUUCCAAGUGGCCGGAUGAAUGGUGUCGACGAGAAAAUGUACAAUCUACACGCACAAGGCUGUGCCAGAGGAUGAGCCUACCUUAGAUGGCCGGCUUACUGCUGGGUAUUCCAACAUCAAGUCACCGUUAACCUUC